AGAGGCGUGCGCCGGGCCGGGCUGGGCGUCGCGGGAGCAGCGCGUCGGUCCUCGGCCUCGGCUGCUCCCGCGACAUGGCCUUCAACUUCGGGACUCCCUCGGGCACGGCCGGCACCGCCGCGGCCACCGCGGCGCCCGCGGGAUUUGGGGGGCUGGAGACCGCCAACUCCACCGCCGGCGGGUUUAACUUUGGGGGUUUCGGCUUAGCCGCCAACCCCGCGGUGAACUUUAAUAUUGGGAGCUUCGGUGUCUCCACCACCUCGGCGACCCCGUUCAAUUUUGGUAACAGCCUGGCAAGCGCAGGAGGGUUUGGAGGAUUUGGGACGACAUCGACCAGUGCAGGUUCUGCAUUCAGCUUUUCUGCCCCAACAAAUACAGGCACUACUGGACUCUUCAGUGGCACUCAGAACAAAGGUUUUGGAUUUGGUACUGGUUUUGGCACAGCAACAGGAACUAGUACUGGUUUAGGUACUGGUUUGGGAACUGGCUUGGGAUUUGGAGGAUUCAAUACACAGCAGCAGCAACAGCAGCAAACUACGUUAGGUGGUCUUUUCAGUCAACCUACACAAGCUCCUACCCAGUCCAACCAACUAAUAAAUACUGCAAGUGCUCUUUCUGCUCCAACAUUAUUGGGAGAUGAGAGAGAUGCUAUUUUGGCAAAAUGGAAUCAACUGCAAGCCUUUUGGGGAACAGGAAAAGGAUAUUUCAACAACAAUAUUCCUCCAGUGGAAUUUACACAAGAAAAUCCCUUUUGUCGAUUUAAGGCUGUAGGUUAUAGUUGUAUGCCCAAUAAUAAAGAUGAAGAUGGUCUAGUGGUUUUAGUUUUCAACAAAAAAGAAGCAGAUAUUCGAAAUCAACAACAGCAGUUGGUAGAAUCACUUCAUAAAGUUUUGGGCGGAAACCAGACCCUUACUGUAAAUGUAGAGGGCAUGAAAACACUGCCAGAUGAUCAGACAGAAGUUGUCAUUUAUGUUGUUGAGCGUUCUCCUAAUGGUACCUCAAGAAGAGUCCCAGCUACAACACUCUAUGCCCAUUUUGAACAAGCCAAUAUAAAAACCCAGUUGCAGCAACUUGGUGUCACACUUUCUAUGACAAGAACAGAACUCUCUCCUGCACAGAUCAAACAGCUUUUACAGAAUCCUCCUGCUGGUGUUGAUCCUAUCAUUUGGGAACAAGCCAAGGUGGAUAACCCUGAUUCUGAAAAGUUAAUCCCUGUACCCAUGGUGGGUUUCAAAGAACUGCUACGGAGACUGAAGGUUCAAGAUCAGAUGACUAAGCAGCAUCAGACCAGAUUAGACAUCAUAUCUGAAGAUAUUAGUGAAUUACAAAAGAAUCAGACUACAACCAUGGCCAAAAUUGCACAGUACAAAAGGAAACUCAUGGAUCUGUCCCAUAGAACUUUACAGGUACUCAUCAAACAGGAAAUUCAAAGAAAGAGCGGCUAUGCCAUCCAAGCUGAUGAGGAGCAGCUGCGGGUUCAGCUAGACACAAUUCAGUGUGAACUGAAUGCACCGACUCAGUUCAAGGGCCGACUAAAUGAACUGAUGUCCCAGAUCAGGAUGCAGAAUCAUUUUGGAGCAGUCAAAUCUGAAGAGAGGUAUUAUGUAGAUGCAGAUCUGUUACGAGAAAUCAAGCAGCAUUUGAAACAACAACAGGAAGGUCUUAGCCACUUGAUUAGCAUCAUAAAAGAUGAUCUAGAAGAUAUCAAGUUGGUAGAACAUGGAUUGAAUGAAACCAUCCACAUCAGAGGUGGUGUCUUUAGUUGACAAUUAACUUGGGUUGUGGGUCUGUGCUUUCUCUUACUACAUCAGCCUUCCUCAAGAUAGUAACCACCUGGAAGAAAAAGAAAGGAAGGAUCCUGUCCUGGCUGGGAUUUCUGAGAUUACUGGCAAAUUCACCUCACAGUUCUUCAAAGACUUAUGCCUAAAAAAGAGAAGUAUAUAA